AAGUGAAAACAAAAUUAUUAUGGGCUAUAGCCCUGUCAGCCCAGUGCCAUCUACUCCCGACUUAGCCUUUCAUUUGUUAGGAAAUCCGUCUCUUAUAUUCAGUAACUAUUUUUAAACCAAGAAAAGCUAAUAUUACUACUCCUCCUUCCAUCACAUGCCCCACCACUUCUGAACAUCUGUUCCCAGACUCUGCGUGUGGUUGACUUUCAGUUACAGCAGACUUCUUUCACUUCCAUGAAAAGGUGAACACUGUUAAUAUCAUUACUUAGACCCAGCAUUUUUGGUUUCUUUGCUUCCCUGGGUGAAUGUAAAAGAUACAGCGUUGUGGAAUUGUGAGAUUUGGAUUGCAAACCUUCGGACAUGUUUGGAUACGUGUAUUUGAUUCUCAUACUGAAUCAAUUUCAUCUUUUUGCUACUAAACAUCCUGAAUUCUAUCCAUGUGAAAGUCACACUUCCAAGGAUGGACACAUAAAUAUCGACUGCCAGCACAGACGUCUCUCUAAAAUCCCCAAGUUCAUCUCCCUCUCUGUUGUAUCACUCAACCUAAAUCAAAACCAUAUACACUACAUUAAAGGUGAUGCAUUUUCUGGUUUACCCAAUCUCAAGCAUCUCAGCUUGAUGUGGAACUGUGUACCAGAUCCUCUUAAGGAGCAGAGAUGGCCUUCAUGCAACCUGAAUGUUGAUCCAGAAGCAUUUGUCGGACUUAAAAACCUAACUUCCCUCCAGUUAGCAGGGAAUAGCCUGAAGACCAUUCCUCCUCUACCAAAGCAGCUUUUAGUCUUGGGACUGGAAUUUAACAAAAUUUUCCAUAUUGUCAAACCACUCGGUACACCGCUACUAAAACAACUACUGCUAAACAAGAAUUGUUUCUACGCCAACCCAUGUUAUGAGUCUUACUUUAUCGACCCACGUGUGUUUCAAGAUCUUCCUGAGCUUUUGAACCUUACCCUUAGUUACAACAAUGUGACCUUUGUUCCCCCACACCUUCCACCUUCACUAGAAAGUCUAGACUUGGGAGAGAACAAGAUCACAGGUAUUACUAAAGAGUCCUUUGCGAAUCUUACACGUCUGCGACACCUUAACCUGGGGUGGAAUUGCCAAAGAUGCGACCAUGCUUCUGAACCCUGUUUCCCAUGCCCAAACAACCAAUCUCUGCGUCUGCAUCAGGAUGCAUUUUUGGAUCAGAGAGACUCUCUAAUUAGUCUAAGUUUACGAGGCAACUCUCUUCGCACACUUCCUCAAUAUCUCUUUACGCAACUGCACAAUCUCAAAGAGCUAGAUCUAUCUGACAACUUUUUAGCCUACGUCAUACAAAAUGGCACCUUUUAUGAAGAGCUCCAGAAUGUGGUGUCCCUCAGUCUGCUUUACAACUAUGAACCCCUGAAAUCCUUUCCUGAAUUGAUUCUGUCACCAGCCAUAGAGAAGAUGACGGCUCUAAGAGAGUUGUACCUGAGCGGAUUUUUCUUCAAAGAACUGUCAAACCACAGCCUCGCACCUCUGAUGAAACUGCCAAGACUUGAAUCCCUAGAGCUACGCAUGAACUUCAUCUGCUUCAUUAGCAUUGAUUCUAUAAGCCAGCUAAGGACAUUAAAGAGGGUGGGCCUUUCCCAAAACAUGCUUGCUUUCAGUCCAUGCUAUUCAACUUGCAAUUCUGAAGCCAUAUCACAAUACCAAACCCUUGAAAAACGUCAUGACUAUGAACAAAUACAUGAAGUCCCUGCUCCAGACUCAAAGCUGAACAAUAUGCAGAGCUCUGAAGGAGAUUACUGUCCGUUUUAUUAUUCUAUGUGGCAUUUCAAAAAGCAAAUCUGCUCUAAAAGCCUGUUUUUUGACCUGUCUCAAAACAGCAUCCCAUGGUUGAAUGCAAGUACUUUUAGAGGCAUGGAUAAUGUGGUGUGCAUAGAUCUGUCCUACAACUACAUCAGUCAAUCUUUAAAUGGCCGGCAGUUCUCACAUCUAAGCAAACUAGCUUUCCUUAAUAUGGCGCACAACCGCAUUGACCUGUACUCUGAAAAGGCCUUCCGUGAGGUUAGUAAAACCCUGAAAGCUCUUGACCUUAGCAACAACGAAUUCCACUUUGUAAUGAAGGGUAUGGGACAUCGCUUCACAUUCCUUUCACACUUGUCGUCUCUUAAAGUACUGAGUCUAGCAAACAAUCACAUCGGUCUCCGAAUCUCUAACACUCUUAAUAGUACUUCUCUGAAAUAUCUUGCGUUCUCUGGAAAUCGCUUGGACAUAAUGUGGGACUCUAGGCGUAACCAAUACAUACAUUUCUUUCAGGGUCUUACUAACCUUACACACUUAGACAUUUCUGAAAACCAGCUCAAAUCGUUUCCCCCAGAGGCAAUAGUAAACUUGCCUUUAAGUCUCCAGGUCCUCAGAGUUGACUCCAACAUGCUGAGUUAUUUCCCCUGGGCCAACAUCUCAGUUCUCAAACAGCUCUGCCACCUGAACCUUAGUUCAAACAUGCUUUCAUUUUUACCUAAUAUCCAUUUUGAGCUCCGCCUCGUAAGCCUGGACUUAAGUCACAAUCGACUAGUUGCAAUCCCAAAGGCUUUCCUUAGUCAGGCAGUACACCUUAAAAACCUAAUGCUUAACCACAACCAGCUGAAGAUCCUUGAUGUACAAGCUCUUCCCUUGUUAUUCCAUAAAGGUCAUACUUUCUGUCCUGCUGGGCAGGAUACAAAUAGGUCCUCCUGCAAACUUGUGCUGCAUUCCAAUCCUUUUAUUUGCAGUUGCGUUAUCUCAGGGUUUGCCAAAUUUCUCAGAGAAACUGAAUUGGAUAUCCCACAUCUCACCACACAGGUUCACUGUGCUUACCCAGAGUCAUUGUCUGGUGUGAAUGUCCUCUCGAUUGACCUUCGCUCAUGCCAGGAGAUAUUUGGGGGAUUCGCUUUACUCUGUACUUUAUUGUUGACAUUGGCAGCAACCAUCAUUCCCCUCCUGAAGCAUCUCUACGGUUGGGACCUGUGGUAUUGCAUCCAGAUUCUGUGGACUGGACACAAGGGACACACUCCAGCUAAUGGUAACAUGACCGAGGACCAGUAUGAUGCAUUUGUGGUCUUUGAUACAAGUAACAAGGCAGUCAGAGAUUGGAUCUACAAGGAGAUGAUUGUGAGAUUGGAGAAAAGGGGGAGAUGGCGCUUUCGACUUUGUCUAGAGGAACGCGACUGGUUGCCUGGAGAAUCGUGCAUAGAGAAUCUCCACAAGGCAGUUUACAGCAGCAGAAAGACGGUGUUCGUGUUGACUAGCCCUAGUGGCUAUUCUCAAUCAAGUGGGGUGGUCCGACAAGCCUUCCUCCUGGUUCAGCAGCGGCUUCUUGAUGAGAAAGUGGAUGUUGCAGUUCUUGUUUUGCUAGACUUUCUAUUCCCCAAGUUCAAAUACCUUCAGAUGAGGAAACGGCUCUGCAAAAAGUCAGUCUUGUCCUGGCCCAAGAACCCACGAGUGCAGCCGCUCUUCUGGAAUAACUUGCGUGUCGCUCUUGUCUCCGACAAUGUCAAAGCCUACAACAAAAAUGUCAUAGAGAGCUUCUUCUAAAAAGGCUAAAAUGUAAUGAGGAUAUGUUUUAUGUAGUCCUAUUGUUUUGUUUUGUUUUUCACAUUUUUGCCAAAUGGGUUGUGGCUAAACAGAAUGUAAUUUUUCUAGCACAUUUUAAAUGUGAUGUAAAAAAAAAAAAUGUAGUUUUGAUCUCUAGUAGGCUAUUGCAUCUAUAUUUGCAUUUAGCCUAAAUGUAGGCUACUGUAAGAUUGGAAAUGUAUUUUACUCCCCCUGAAAUACAUUUUGAAAUAUAUUUUGGUACAUGAAGGUUGAAACUAAAUAUAUUUUCAAUUUGAAAAACAUAUUUUAUUGAACUUUACUGUCUGCAACACAUAUUUAGCAUAUAUUUAAAAUAUAUUUUGGCCAAAAAAACAAACUGAAAAUACUCACAAUGCAAUGAAAUACAGAAACACACUGCAAAUACUCACAACACAACCAAAUACAGAAACACACUGCAAAUACUUAAACCUGACCAAAUACAGAACGUGCAGUAGAUACUCACAAUGCAACCAAAUACAGAAACGCGCAGCAAACACUCGCAUCGCAGCCAAAUACAGAAACGCGCUGCAGAUACUCACAAUGCAACUAAAUACAGAAACGCGCUGCAAAUACUUACGACGCAACCAAAUACAGAAAUGCGCUGCAAAUACUUACGAUGCAACCAAAUACAGAA